UUGACUUAUCGGUUUGCACCACUUCCGUUUAAAUAUUUAGAAAAAUAGUAUUACGCAUAUUUAUCGCGCUAUUGUUUUGAUUUUGCGUUGAAAUGGAUACGUUUGAUAUUGUGUUAUGCGUUGCUGCAAUCUGCAUAUCUUUGGUCAUUUUUCUCGGCAACAUAUUGACCAUUUUUGCUAUUCUCACCAAACCGAUACUGCAAACGGCAUCGAAUCAGUUCAUUUUGGGCCUGGCUAUAGCGGAUCUGAUGGUUGCGAUCUCCACACCUUACAACGCAUACGUUACCUUUGAACUGAAAGAUAGUGAUUUUGAUAGUUACUCGGAUUUUGCUGCCAAGUGCUUGCUGUCAGUAGUGCCUGUGCUAUUUUCAUGCUUAUCGUCGAAUUUUAACCUGAUCCUUAUUGCAAUUGAACGGUAUUUUUCCAUCUGUAACCCAGUAGCACACCGCAACUUUCUCACUAUUAGAAAAGCUCGCCAGGGAGUUGGAAUAUGUUUCCUCUUGUCUGCCAUUGCUGCCAUAUUGCCAGUAUUAUGGAAUAAUUUUCCUACUAAUUCCAAAUCAAGCGAAACCUGCGAGGUGCUAACAUUGAAAUUCGAAUACUACGUUUACAUUUUACUUCCAACUUUCAUCGCCGCUGUUCUUCUGAUUUUAUUUGCAUAUACCAACAUCAUAAAGGUUGCGCUUUCAAAAGUCGCAAACAAGAGUCAAGCCAAAAAAUCUCUUAAAAUGAUGAUGACAAUUCUUUGCUGCUACUGCAUCACAUGGCUCCCCCAGAUGAUAUGUUUGUUUUUGGUUCUCUACAGCGCCAAAUCUCCUAAAAUAGAUCCAAUUGUUAGCGAUGAUAUCUAUGCAAUUUCGUUUAUGCUUGCAUGUUGCAAUUCAUUCAUGAAUCCUUUUAUUUAUGCUUUUAAUUCUAAGAAUUUCAAAGAAGCGUUCAAGCAAAUUAUUUUCAGACAAAAAAAAUCUGUUCAACUUGUCAGUAAUGCCAAGUUAACUUCAACAUUUAGCAGUGAACAAAUGGGAAGUGCGUAGACAUGUUAAAUUCACAAUAUCCAUAACAUGAUCCAGUAGAAUACAAAAUAAAUCAAAUAAAAGUAAAUAAAUUGUGGAUGGGCAAGGAGGACAAGGUGAAUUUUAAACUUUUAUUUAUUUAUUUCAUCUAUGUUGGCUACAUUUUUGUCGAUUUUAAAUUAUUGUAUACAUGUAUGUAUAAUCUAUUGUAACUACGCUAAAAUCAAUUAAAAAUUAAUGAU